AUGGCGCAAGGAAAGGACCGAAGUGGGUUACAACAUCGUUCGGAAGACCGUUCCAAUGCGAGACGGUCCAUCGUAGCGUGUAAUCGAUGUCGCAACAGAAAGACCCGUUGUGCUGGCAAUCCACCGUAUCCAUGCGCUGCAUGCGAGGACGCCGGGCAAGUGUGUGUCUACUCCGAAGCUGAGAAGCGUGUUUCCAUUCCCGAAAGUUAUUAUCGUCAACUCCAAUCUCAAGCGCGAGCUCAACUUCAGGCCCAGACCCAGACCAAUGCAUCCCGUUCACAGGACAGCCGCCAGUCUUCACUGUUCACCACUGCUAGCCCUGUCCAAUCCACCCCGUACACCAGUACCGAGGUGCCUCUUGACCGUGAUGACUGGUGGUAUCAGGGCACCGAUCACUUAUUCCUGAACCGGUCCGGAGAACACCAAUUUGUCGGUGCAUCGUCGGCUACCCAUUUAGCGAAACGGUUGAAUCCAACCUCAACUAAUCUAGCGUGGGAUGUCCGUCCGCUAUAUGAUGAUCCUUCAUCGCUACGUCGGUCGAUGACACGGGGCCUUCCUCAGCUACCACCUCUUGAAUUUGCUAAGCGGUUGUUCUGGGUCCAGUAUGCCUACAUUGGAACGAUAUUCUCCCUCAUUCACCCGCAGGACUUUGAGGAACGACUACAGGUUGUAUACAACCAACCGCCCGACUUCUCCAACCGAGAAUUAUGCCUAGUUUACUGCCAAGCUCUGCUCGUCAUAGCGUUUGGUCUCAUGUACUCGGUAAACCAAUGGUCCGGAGAUGAUGGCCCGCCGGGCUUCAAGUACUUCAAACAUGCCCUGCGCUUUUUACCCGAUAUCCAUGAAGAAGGCUCCAUAUUCUUUGUGGAGGUCCUAUGCUAUGUGGCGUAUUAUAUGCAGAACCUCAACCGGCGAGAUGCUGCCUUCCUCUAUAUCGGUCUUGCCCUCCGCAUGGCAAUAUCAUUGGGUCUUCAUCAGGAAGUUUCAGACCCAGCGAUUAGUGAAGAAGACCGAAACCGUCGGCGCCGAGCUUGGUGGUCUGUGUACAGUCUGGACCGACUAUUGUCAGUAAAAUCGGGGAAUCCGAUCACCAUACAAGACGAAGAUAUCGGAACUACAUGGCCGAUUCCAGCUGAAGCUUCCCCCGCGGUUCCAUGGCCAUCAGUUGUGCUUACAUAUUAUACUCAGCUGUCUAGGAUUUUAGGCAGAAUUGGGGAAGAAAUUUAUCGCAAGAAACCUCGAUCCGGCUCAAACUUAUUAGCAUCCGUCCAAAGUAUUACGAACGAUUUGUCUGAAUGGCUGCGACGGAUACCCGACCGGCUGCGCAUUGAUUUUUCGGCCUUGGAUACUCAUAUUAACCGUGAGCUGGUGUCGAUCUUCUUACACUUUUACUCCUGCGUGAACAUGACAGCUAGACCGUUGGUCUUCUAUGUGAUCCAGCGGCGAUUGGAUGCCGAAGCACGAGGUUCUGCUACAGAGGACUGGAAGGACGGUCUGUCUCAAAACACGGUAGCUAUGAUCGACAGCUGCAUAACAGCAGCGCGGGCUACUACGGUGAUAAUGGAUGCCGCUGCGAAGCACAAUUUGGUCGCCACGUAUGGAUAUCUGGACGGGGAGUAUAUCUUCUCUGCUGCCCUUCUUCUGGUGAUGGUGAAUGCUGCAUUCCCACAUAACGAAACAAAUGCCCGAGCGAUGGAAACGGCAUUGAAUCUGCUUCGCGGCAUGGCGGACCGUGGAAAUACGUACCUCGGCUCGCGUCAUUCACUGUUACUUGAACUGCAGUCCGCCAUUGGUCCGAAUCGUACGAGAAGAGAGGAAGCCAUGCUUGAGCUUCCUGUCACUCCAAAUAGUACGCAGCGACCAACACCAUCCACGAACGUGGUUGACGAGCAUCCUCCGGCACUGUCACCGUGGCCACUGCAACAAGAUCUACCAACGAUGCGGGACAUUAAUUUCAACUUUGACAUCAACGACGACCCAGGACUGUGGGAAGAAGUUUUACAUCAGAUUGAUAUUGAUAUGGAUACUGACUGGAUUGAGAACACGCUAAGAAAGUGA